UGUUCCUCCUCUGCUAGUUUCUCCUUCAGCGUGCCCUCUUACGCGAGCUACCAUUCACACCCGCAGCGCAGCCAGCACAUCGCACCGGAGUAAACGAUCCUGCAUCGACAGAGAUUUACCCAAGCAGUGUGCGUUCAAGACAAAGUUUAACUGAGAGUGAUACUUGAGAAAGGAGUGGAAAGAGACUUUAAAGAUCGACAGAAUAAAACAAGAAGAAAGUGAAAGGAAAAGAGGCACAGAUGAAGAACAAGUCCUGCUGUGAUCACUGUAUACCAGAGGGGUGUGAUAGCAUGGCUGUCCCUCCUGCAUACUCUGACCUUGGCAAAGCUGCCAAAGACAUCUUCUCCAAGGGCUAUGGCUUCGGAGCUGUUAAACUGGACCUCAAGACCAAGUCCCAGAGUGGAGUUAUGGAGUUCUCAACGGGUGGCUCCAGUAACACGGACACUGGGAAAGCAUCUGGUAAGAUGGAGACCAAGUACAAGGUGCAGGAGCUAGGCCUGACUUUCAACCAGAAAUGGAACACUGACAAUACUCUGACCACUGAGGUCACCAUGGAGGAUCAGCUGGCCAAAGGGCUGAAGCUGGCUCUGGAUACCUCCUUUGUCCCCAACACUGGAAAGAAGAGUGCUAAGCUGAAGACAGGCUAUAAGCGUGACUAUAUGAACGUGGGUUGUGAUCUCGAUUUUGACCUCGCUGGGCCCACAGUGUAUGCUGCAGCAGUGCUGGGCUAUGAGGGCUGGCUGGCCGGCUACCAGAUGGCCUUUGACACUGCGAAGUCCAAACUGGCCCAAAACAACUUCGCCCUAGGCUACAAAGCUGGAGACUUUCAGCUGCAUACCAAUGUUAAUGAUGGUACAGAGUUUGGUGGUUCUAUAUACCAGAAGGUGAAUGAUCAUUUGGAGACAGCAGUGAAUCUGGCUUGGACAGCAGGCAGUAACAAUACACGCUUCGGCAUUGCUGCUAAAUACCAGUUAGACAAGGAUAUGUCCAUCUCUGCCAAAGUAAACAAUGCUAGUCUGGUUGGAGUGGGAUACACACAAGCUCUGCGGCCAGGUGUGAAGCUCACACUCUCUGCUCUGGUUGAUGCAAAGAAUUUUCAUGCUGGCGGGCACAAAGUGGGCAUGGGAUUCGAGGUGGAGGUGUAAAGAUAAAGAGAGAAGUUGGAAGGUACAGAUAGAAAGUGAGAAACUGACCACAUGACCCCCACCCCCCAAACACCUGGAUAAAUACACAGUCCCAAUUGCUCCCACAACCAAUCAUUUACAAAUUUGUUUUGCAACCUUUUAGUUCUGUAAUGGUCAAACAUCUUUUUUAAUCAACCUUUUUAAUUUUUUCUGGUUAUUCCUUUUUGGGUUAAAGGUUCUUUUUUCAAAUUGCACUGUCUGCAUUUUUCUGUCCCCACUGUGCUAGAUGUAGCUGUGCAGGGCUUAUGUGUUGCCUGUAUUACUCUGUGUUAAAACUGGAAGCCAUCAUUCAGAUGACUUACUGCUUUUCACAGUUUUCCGAUCUGUGGAAUUAAACCUGCAGUUUGGUUUUUCAAUGUUUCAAAACAAAAGUGUGAUCACAAGACAUUUACUGUUAGGUAAUAUCAAAGGACACUUCUGGUGUGAAUGUCAUUUCCCAUCUUGUCCUUGUGUAGACCAUUUAAGGAUCAUGCUUUCAGUGGGACUUGGGAGUGGGAACAGAACCCUCUGCAAACAGGAUAUCCUUUUCCACUCAUGUUCAUACAAGUUGUUUUGUUUCUAUCAUUUUCAUCCAAAUCUAGAAUAUUAUUCCUUUAUUUUGGAUGUCUGUUUUGGGAGGAGAUGACAACAAAGGGUUCGUUGUCUCGUCUUCUUUCAAAACUCAUACCUGUUUAUAUUCUUGACUGUGCUGACGAGAUAAGACACUGAAACCUAUGCUGUGGAAACCAUAAAGAGGAAUAUUCAAUCAA